UGUCUCGGUGCCGCACGUACGUUGCGUACACGUCUCCUCUCUUCCUCCUAGUUUCUUCUUCUUCUUCUUCGCGGUCAGUUCGUCGUCUUCUUCUUCUUCCUCGCUAAGCAUUCUGCUUUCAGCCGGAUGAGGUCAAAGGCAAAUUCAAGUCGUCACGCGCUCAUGGCCAUCCUGAAUCGAUGAUCGUGGCUAUAUAUAGCAGCAGCAGAAGAAGAAGAAUCCGUACCAUCGUCUCCAACCUACGUACUGCGUGACAGAGAUCAGCAAAAGCUACCACCAAGAAGAUAUACCUCCAAUCCAUCCAUCCUUCCCUGCCAUGGCCGGCUACAACCACCACCGCUACGGCCACGCCUACGCGCCGCCCUCCUCCUCCUCUUCCUCCUCGCCCUACGGCUACGGCAACGGUGCCGGACCCUACCCGCCGUCGACGGGGGGAUUUGGUUUCGGUUCAGGAUUCGGAGGCCCCGCGGCCGUGGUGUUCCCGGCGGGGACGCACCCGGAGGUGGAGCGCUCGUUCCGGGCGGCGGACCGCGACGGGAGCGGUGGCGUGGACGAGCGGGAGCUGCAGGGGGCGCUCUCCGACGCGCACCACCGCUUCAGCCUCCGCACCAUCCGCCUCCUCAUCUUCCUCUUCUCCGACCACCGCCGCCCAGAAUCCUCGCCGCCCAACAGGAUGGGCCCAGCGGAGUUCGUGUCGCUGUGGAACUGCCUUGGCCAAUGGCGGGGCAUUUUCGACAGAUACGACAGGGACCGGAGCGGGAAGAUCGACUCCGAUGAGUUGAGAGAAGCUCUUCGCGGCCUGGGGUACGCGGUUCCACCUUCGGUCAUCGAGCUUCUCAUCGCAAACUACAACAAUGGUGUUUCCCGACGCGGCGCGCUCGACUUCGACAACUUUGUAGAGUGUGGGAUGGUUGUCAAGGGUCUGACUGAAAAGUUCAAGGAGAAGGAUUCGCGCUACACUGGCUCGGCUGCUCUCACAUAUGACAGCUUCCUGUCCAUGGUCAUCCCCUUCAUCGUCCCUUAGCAUCUACGCAAAGUUUUACGAGUUUGAGUUAGAGACUGUUUUGUAAAUGCAUGUAAACAAGCUACCUUACAAGUUUUCGUUUCAUAGGCUUGUAUGAAGGAAAUGGCUGCUGAUAACUACACUCCGCCAUGGUAUUACCAAUUCCUA